GGUACGAAUGCUCUCUUGCUUCUCUUUAUCUCUCUCUCUCUCUCUCUCCCUUUCUGUUGUUGUUCGUCUUCAUAUCACUCUUCUGACAUCAUAUCUCACCGUCGAUUUGCCGGAACCCUAAUUUCCAUAAUCGGAGAACCCAAAGCUCUUUGUCUGUUCUCUUAUCAGCCUAUUGGAUUUCUCGCUGAAUGCCGUUUGGGUUUUCUUCUUCUAUUUUCGUUUGAGUUAGUGCUGCGGCUGCUUAUACUAGGUUGCUGCUGGUCGAGACCGACUCAAGCGUAGGGUUUUUAUUUGAAGCAGUAGAUGAUUGUAAGACAAGUGAAUAGCUGAGAUCAAACGGGUUGGUUUUCAUCACCGGAUGGAGGGAGGUAGCGUCUCUAGACUUACUUCUUCUGCAGAGAUAAACCCAUGGAUUAUGAUGACAAUGACUUUCAAAGCCAGAAUCUUCAUUUAGCUGGUGAAGGAAGUGCCAAAUUUCCUCCUGUUCUUCGGCAAUAUGCUCUCCCAAAGUUUGAUUUUGAUGACCCCCUUCAGGGGCAUGUAAGAUUUGAUAGCCUGGUUGAAGCUGAGGUGUUCUUGGGUAUUGAGAAUAACGAAGAUAAUCAGUGGAUUGAAGAUUAUUCUCGUGGAAGUAGUGGGAUAGGGAUUAGUUCUUGUGCAGCAGAAUCUUGUUCUAUAUUGAGACGGAAAAAUGUUUGGUCGGAGGCCACUUCCUCUGAAUCUGUUGAAAUGUUAUUGAAAUCUGUUGGGCAGGAAGAUAUCAAUCUCGCACCAACGGUUACUGGGAAGUCAAAUGCUUGUGAGAAAUUGGACUACCUAACAAACCCAAUGGACCCUACUUUAAAAGAUGACGGUAGUAGUUUUUCUGAAGUAGGCGAUGUACAGCCUACGCUACUACCAGAUAUAAGUCUUGAGGAAUUGCAUGUUAAUGAGGACAUAAGAGGGGAGCAACAACAGCCUCAAAUGGACGACCCCACUGAAUUUCAAGAGAUUCAAACUGUUGAUGGAAGUUUGGACGAGGAUGAUCCCAGUGUUUCCCAUGAACUUGAUGGCAUUCCAGCAAGUGAGGGAAGUCCAGUUAUUGAAGAAAACAGUAAGCUAACAUGUCCAAGUACGCCUGGUACUUUUGCUGCCAUAUCAUUGGAAGAUAAAGGGCAAGAUGACUUUACCGCUUCAGGAAAGCAUAUAAAUAAUUUGGUUACUUUCACGCAAGCAGGCAGUGGAAAGUUGAGCAAUCAGAAUAUUGAACAGCAAAUAAAAGAUUUAUGCAAGAAUCCUGUUAAUACACAUAUUGAAAAUAUUGAACAAGAUUCACAUGAUUUUAGUAAAGAAGACCACCCUCUUUUAUCACCUACAGUUGCAGUAGAAAGAUUGAUUGUGGAUUCUACCACCGCAAAUUUUCAGUCCCAUGCAAGUAUGACCUUGAAGGGAGUUUGUGAGUUCCAUUCAGGUAGUGGAGAGUUUACAUCUGGAGUUCCUGCUGAGACUAACAAUUUUGAUGAUAAGGUCUUGUGUAACAAUUUGGAGAUCCGGAAUCCGUCCAAAGAAAACAUGCACGAGGUAUUACCUACAGUUGUUGAAGGCGAUGCUAGAACCGAGGCUUCUGCAGGUGAGGGGGAAAACAUUGAUGCUGAAGUUCGUGCCUUUCAAGGGCCUAAAGUUCAUUCAGUUGGGCAGAUGGCUAAUACACAGGAAAUACUUAUUGAAGAGCAGCAAUGUUUUCCCUUGGACAUUGAGGUACAGAAUAGUAAGUCUGAGUCUUCUGCAUCUGCCAUAGAGGAAAGUAAUUCCUCUAAGGUCGACAAAAGCAUCAGUGGUCAUAUCAGAGAUAUUCCUGAUAAUUUUUCAAAGGAAACACAAGGUAUUGUUAGUUCUAGAGAUGUUUGUGAGUGCACUCUUCCCUCAGACAACUUUCCUACCACGGGGGCUGAAUCAACACACUUAUGCGAGGAAAAUAAACCGUGCCAGCCGGUUGAUAUCCAUGCUGAACAUGCUUCUGUCAAUGACAUGGAAGAAAGGCGAUUAUCUUCUGAUUCUAUUAGUGUGAAUGACAAGACUACUGAGUCUCCUGUCACAAAUAAGAGAAUUGUAUCCCCGUCUUUUCAACAGAGUGGUGUCGAAAGUGAGACGAUAGAUACAAAAUUAGAGUCCAGUGUUAAUGCUGGUGAGGAAUCAGUUGCAGUGUCAGUUUCUACCUCUGACCACACAUCUGAGGCAGUAUGUGCUAUACCAGUUUCUGUCUUAGAGGAUGCCAAUGUUAGAUCAUGUGGCAUAUUACAGGGCGACUCCUUACCUUUAGUUGAAGCUUUGACAGACAGAAAAGAUGCUGAUGACAAAGAGUAUCUAUUGCAACGUAACGUAGUGGAGUUUACUCAACCAGAUAGAAAAGAAGAAAGUGUUGUGAUACUUCCUGCUGAAGGAAGUUUUCCUCUGUUGGAUACUUCUCAACCUGUGGCGGAGUUUCAUCUUCUUUCUCAAGCUGACAAAUCUGCUUGUGUUACUGCUGGCCAGGGAUUAGGUGAAAGUGUCGAUCAAUCUAUUUCAAAGAAUUUGAAUACAGAUGGCUGCAAUACAGAGAGCCAACCUAUUCCUCAAGUAGACGUUGCCAAUAAUCUUAUCCAGGACUGCGGACAGGAAAUGGACAUUGAUCCAGCAUUUUUUAAGACAACUGCAAAAGCAUGUGAUAGUGGUGUUAAAAAGUCAGGAGAAACAUUUAAUACUUAUCAGGAAGAUCAGGUAAAUACUAAAGUUUUUUCGGAAUCUGUGGGAAAAAAUUGUCAGAAAGCUAUUGCAGCGAACACCGACAUUGCAGAUGCUGCUGGCAUAAAGGAAGGUUCAUUAUGUUCAGCUACUUUUCCUCAACCUCAUGAACAGACGACUGUGAUGGAGAGUGAUAAUUCUACUGAUACUGAUAAACAUCCUAAUUUACCUGAUGUUGUCAAAACUACUGUGGCUUCUUGUGAUCCAGAUGAAAAGGAUUCAAAUAAUGGGCCAUUAAGUAAGAAUGUUGAAGCUCCAGAGGCCAAUGGUACGGUGGUUGGCGAUGCAUCGUCUGGUUCCCAGUUGCUCAAGGGAAACUGUGCCUCCGAAAGUGAGACAGUUCUUACCUUUGUGUCCAGUUCAUCGGUAGAUCUGCCAAAAAAUUAUUCUGACAUUGCAGUAGCACCAGCAGCCAAUGCUUCUUUGGUUGUGGCGGGACCUCAAUCAUCUUCUGGCCUAUCCAAAUUGGACGUCAAGAAUGCUCAGGAAAUUUCGCAUGGGAGCCCUCAGUUGUCUGAGGUAAAAGUUUCACGUGGUCGUUCCAAGGGCACUUCUGAGCGUAAAAAUAGGCGUGCUUCUGCCAAAGGAUCAGGGAAAGAGUCAUCUACAAAGGGCAGUCACAUGAAGAAAUCAGAGAAACUAGAGAUAUCUAAAAGUACGCCCAUGCGCAAUCCUGGAAUUUUCCAGCUUGCACAGUCUAAUGAGAUACAACAUCAUGGGCAUGUGGAGUCCAGUGGUGCUAAACCAUUUGUCUUUAUUGGUGCUUCAGCUUCCAGCAUUCCAGACUUGAACAAUUCUUUGAAGAAUUCUGCUUCCCCAUCUCCAAUGUUUCUACAGCCUUUCACAGACUUGCAGCAAGUUCAAUUGCGCGCUCAGAUUUUUGUUUAUGGAGCUUUGAUUCAAGGUACAGCACCAGAUGAGGCAUACAUGCUGGCUGCAUUUGGAGGACAUGAUGGUAGAACAAACCUUUGGGAGAAUGCCUGGCGUAUGUGUGUAGACAGGCUUCAUGGAAAAAAAACUCAGCCUAUUAACCCAGAGACACCUUUGCAAUCACAAUCCGGUAGGAGUACUGAGAAAGUAAAUAAACAAAGUACACUACAAAGUAAAGCUGUAUCUCCUCCAGUCAGUCGAGUUAGCAGUAAGAAUACUUCAACAGUGUUAAAUCCUAUUAUCCCUCUUUCCUCACCACUCUGGAAUAUUUCCACACCUUCAAGUACUUUGCAACCUAGUAUUAUGCCUCGAAGUCCAGUCAUAGACUAUCAGCAAGCACUUUCUCCAUUGCAUCCGUAUCAGACUCCUCCUGUCAGGAACUUCAUUGGUCAUAAUCUGUCAUGGUUUUCUCAGACCCCAUUCCAUAGUACCUGGGUUGCUACUCAGACAUCGACACCUGACUCUGGUGCACAGUUUUCUGGUUUGCCAAAUACUGAGCCAGUUCUCUUAACACCACUGAAGGAAUCAUCUAUGCCACAAUCCUCUGCCGUGAAGCCCUCUGGUUCAAUGGUUCACGGUGGAACUACUUGUAAUGCAUUAACUGGGGCCUCCCCCCUGCUUGAGUUAAAAAAGGUGUCAGUAACCACCGGGCAAAAUUUGACUGGAUCAAAAACGAGAAAAAGAAAGAAGAUUACAGUUUCUGAGGAUCCGGGCCUUAUAACUAUGCAGGUUCAACCACAUUUAAAACCAGUUUCAGCUGUGGUUACAACUACAAUUUCUACUCUUGCAACAUCUCCAUCUGUCUACCUUAAGGCACCUUCUGAGAAUUUGAUUUUAUCUGCAUCUUCAUUGUGUCCACCUACUCACCCAAAGAACGCUGGUCAAGAUUUGAGAGGGAAAACUAUGUUUUCGGAGGAAACAUUUGGCAAGGUUGCGGAGGCUAAGCAAGUGGCUGAGGAUGCUGCACUGUUUGCAUCUGAAGCUGUUAAACACAGUGCAGAAUUGUGGAGUCAAUUGGACAGACAGAAAAAUUCAGAAUUAGUAUCAGAUGUUGAAGCUAAACUAGCUUCUGCAGCUGUUGCAAUAGCAGCAGCUGCUUCCGUCGCAAAGGCUGCAGCUGCUGCUGCCAAUGUGGCAUUAAAUGCUGCACGUCAAGCAAAAUUGAUGGCUGAUCAGGCGUUGACUUCAUCUAGCCAUGAAGUUUCUUGUCAAAGCAAUGAAGUUCCUAUUCAUGGCAGUGCUGUUGGUGUAGGGAAGGCCACUCCAGCGUCCAUCUUGAGGGGUGAAGAUGGAGGAAAUAGUUCCAGUUCUAUUAUUGUUGCUGCUAGGGAGGCAGCUAGAAAGAGGGUUGAAGCUGCAUCAGCCGCUUCUAAGCAUGCUGAAAAUGUGGAUGCCAUUGUCAAAGCUGCCGAGCUGGCAGCAGCUGCGGUGUCACAAGCUGGAAAGUUAGUUGCCAUGAGCGAUCCUCUUCCCUUGGGCAAGUUAGCAGAAGCUGGUCCAGAGGGUUAUUGGAAAGUCCCUCAAGUUUCAUCUGAGCUGGUUAUGAGAUCUGAUGAUGUUAAUGGAGGAUAUUCCAAUUCAGCAAUUAAGCAUCCUAGAAAGGGACUGUCAGGUAAGAAUGAAAUUCAGGCAAGUGUCAAUGUCACUUCACUUAUUCCUAGAGACAUAUCUAUGGGUUCUGUUGAGAAUCAUCCCAGAUUGGUCGAAGGUAUCACAAGUUCUGUACCACCUCAUGAAAAUGAUCUGAGAGGGGAAAAGGACCAAAAUGCUUCUGGCCUGACAAAAACCAUUGGUGUUGUUCCAGAAUCUGAGGUUGGAGAAAGAUCCUCCCAGAACGAGUGUGAAAAGCCCAAGGAUUUAAGACAAAGUAGCAUCAAGGAAGGUUCCCAUGUCGAGGUUUUUAAGGAUGGAAAUGGAUUAAAAGCUUCUUGGUUCACAGCCAAUGUGCUGAGUGUGAAGGAAGGGAAAGCUUAUGUGUCCUACACUGAACUUCAACCUGAACAAGGGUCAGGUCAACUAAAGGAGUGGGUUGCUCUUGAUGGUCAAGGGGGUAUCGCACCAAGGAUACGAAUUUCUCGUCCUAUGACUAGCUUGCCGAGUGAAGGAACGAGGAAGAGACGCCGAGCAGUUGCAGGGGACUACAUCUGGUCAGUUGGAGACAAAGUUGAUGCUUGGAUGCAGAAUAGCUGGCAUGAAGGAGUGGUUGCUGAGAAGGACGCAAAAGAUGAAACAACAUAUACUGUCUGCUUUCCAGCUCGAGGUGAAACGUCCACUAUCAAAGUUUGGAAUCUCCGGCCUACUCUCAUAUGGAAAGAUGGGGAAUGGCUUGAGUUAUCCGGCUCAUAUGUAAAUGACUAUUCUCAUGAGACUGUUAUGCCUCAGGAAAAGCGCAUGAAGUUGGGCAGUCCAGCUGCAGAGGUUAAAAGGAAGGAUAAAAUGCCUACGAUUGUGGAGGAUGUAGAAUCAGUGAAGCCAGCGGACUCAAGUUUGCCUUUGCUAGCAGCAAAUGAAAAAGUAUUUAAUGUUGGUAGACAUACUCAAACUGAGAACAAGUCUAAUCCAUUAAAAACUGGUCGGACUGGUAUGCAGAAGGGGACAUCAAGAGUGGUUAUUGGUGUUCCCAGGCCUGGAAAAAAGAGAAAAUUUAUGGAAGUGAGCAAACAUUAUGAUGCGGGUGCUCGAACUACUGAAGCAAAUGAUUCCACUAAGUUGGCCAAGAAUUUGAUGCCGCAAGGAUCCACCUCCAAAGGAUCAAAAAGAACUUCAAAAUAUGAAACGAAGGAAAAACAUGCAAAUGACGCCAAGCCCAUGGGUGUCAAGUCCGGAAAGCAGCCAACUUCGUCAGAGGAAGCAGUUAUCACCAAGGAUCCUGGAAGCCAGAAUGAGGGUGCUUCAGGGAAGAACGACCAAAUGGAUGUUCCUUCUUUUUGUAGCAUUGAAGAAGCACCAGAGAGCUCGGUCUUAUUUCCUCCAGCACAUGCUCCCAAGAAAGCAUCCUCAUUUCACUCGAAGCCUGAACGAGCAAAUAAAGGAAAACUUGCUCCUGCAGCUGGGAAAUUGGCAAAAAUUGAGGAAGAGAAGGUUUUCAUUGGGAAUUCUAACAAACCAAAUUCUAAUGUUAUUGAGCCACGUAGAUCCAACCGCCGAAUUCAGCCGACCUCAAGAUUAUUAGAGGGACUGCAAAGCUCAUUGACAAUUUCAAAAAUUCCUUUUAUUUCACACGAUAAAGGUCAAAGAAGCCAGAGCAGGAAUGCAUCUAGAGGGAAUAAAAUCUAAGGGGGGUCUCUAGCGAACUUGGUUCUAGGCCCAGGAAAUGUCCUCUGCCGAUAAUUAAUGUGACUUUAACAGUAGUUUUAUAUUGUUGUAUUUAAUAUAUAGAUAAAUGUAGGAAAGGAAACUGUUGCUUCCUUAGUUAUGUUAUACUCCUACAAGUUUAGCUUUAGUUGUUCAUAUUUAUUGAAGUUACCUCACAUUUGUGCUCUCUCAAAGCCCCUCUACCAUAACAGGAUGUAUAUUGAAACUCUCCUUGUAGGUUGGUCUUGGAAUUCAAAAGGUAGUUUGGCUAUUCAU